AUGAACGGCGAGAUCGCCGCCUCGAACCCGCGGUUGGCUUCCCCGGCCCUCCGAAAGAAUGACUCCGCGCGAUUAGGUGCAGCGAUCGCCUUUCAUCAAUCCCGUCCAUCAUCCAAUGUGAACCCCCAGUCAUCCGCUGCCACCGCAGCUGUCUUGGCCAGUCGGAUGAAUCGCCAUGCAGGCACAGAGAUGGAUUCCGAGUCCGGUCCCGAAGUCGGCUCUGUGAAGGACAAAAUUGGGAGGUUUGCUGGUAGUAACUCGCUCGCUCCACCGGCCACGCGAAGUACCCAAGGACGACCACGAACACCCUCUAUAUCGAAAUCUCCAGCUCCCAAAUCGCCAGGCCGAAGCCCAGGCCCGGAACAGGUGGCAGCACAUCUGGCGGCAGCUCGUCUAGCCGCAGAAAGAUCCCCGGGGCGAAAACCACAGGAGUCGACCAACAAUGCGGCCCGACUCGGCGCCAUGCGUAGUGCGAGUAGAGCACCAUCUCAACAACCUCAGCCACCGUCGCCUGGAGCUCGUCGCGAUUUACCCUCCCCCGUUCCAGUCCGGCCAAAGCCUACGAUUGAUUCCCCUGCAGAUCGAAUGCUCGAUGAUGACCCAAGUUUCGAACGAUCCCCCGGGUACGGACGGCCUCCGUCCAGCCCAUCUCGCGCUGGCAGUCUUCGUGGGCGGGGAACAAGUCCUCAGCCCUCCGCUUCCUCUCGAAUCUCUCUAGUACUACCAGAUGAAGUGGUGCCAAAAAUUCCCCCACUUCCCCCGCGGUCUACAGCCUCUUCGCGGGUGUCAUUACGAAAAUCGAUUCCCACACCGAACUCAUUACGACCGACACCGAGCAUGAUAUCGAUUUCAGGUCUUUCACAAAGCAGCUCCAGCGCGCUGAGCGAAGCAGGUGGGAUGAACGAGGAGGCUCUCUCCAAUGCCAUUGUCGCCUCCUCCCUCGCAUCCGCUCGUGCAUCCCCCAUGCCAAAGGCCUCUCAGGCCCCUCCUCCGCCUCCACGCCGGCGACGGGCUCGGUCUCUUCUUGCAUUAACACAUUCGCCAAAGAGUGAGAUGUCAAGAACCCCAAGCCCGCCGAAAGGUAUGCCAAUGACUCUCCGCGGCAUGCCGAAGGGCAACGAUGCCGACCCCAAAGGGCGACAUAAAAUGAAAUUACUCCACAAACACCCGCACAAGCACCACGAGGGAGAUCGGAAACGAUGGCGACGAGAAGUAACUGAGAAAGAACGCAAGCGCUACGAAGGUGUCUGGGCCUCCAAUAAGGGACUACUCAUUCCGCCAAAUUUCAAGCUCAGUGGGCCCGAUAGAUGGCCUCCACCUUCAGAGAUGGUGUUGAACCUUGUGGUGCGGGAGAUCUGGUCCCGCAGCCGCUUGCCAUCCACGGCGCUGGAACAGGUGUGGGCCCUCGUGGAUAAUCAGGGUAUCGGACUUUUGACCAAGGAAGAAUUUGUAGUUGGAAUGUGGUUGAUUGAUCAGCAAUUGAAGGGUCACAAAUUACCAGUCGCUGUUCCGGACAGUGUCUGGGACAGCGUACGGUAUGUGACAGGCAUCAAGCUGUCUUCCGUCGGGAAAUAA